UUUCCAUCCGCAUGAGCCGUAUCGACGCUACGUUCGCCAAGUGCAAGGCCGCGCAGAAGACGGCGUUCAUCACGUUCAUCCCGUGCGGCUACAAGACCAAGGAAGACACGGUCCCGAUCUUGCUCGCGUGCCAGGCCGGCGGCGCCGACAUCAUCGAGGUUGGCGUGCCGUACUCGGAUCCUGGCGCCGACGGUCCCGUCAUCCAGAAGGCCCACCAGAACGGUGUCGACCAAGGCAUCACGUUCAAGCACGUGCUGGCGACGGUCGCCGAAGCCCGGUCCCGCGGCCUCACGAUUCCUGUCGUGCUCAUGGGUUACUUCAACAACUUUAUGCAGUACGGUCUCGACAUUGUGUGCCAAGACGCCAAGCAAGCGGGCGCCGACGGCUUUAUCAUUGUCGACUUGCCGCCGGAAGAGGCCAAGGACAUGAGCAGCCUCUGCAAGAAGCACGGUAUCAACUUCAUCCCGCUCGUCGCGCCGACCACAUCCGAGGAGCGCAUGCCCUUUAUCGAAUCGGUCGGCUCCGGCUUUGUGUACGUCGUGAGCCUCAACGGCGUCACGGGCUCACGCACGUCGCUGCCCGUUGACGUCUCGUCGUUUGUCGAGCGCGUGCGCCGCCACAUUUCGCUGCCGCUCGCGCUCGGCUUUGGCCUUUCGACCAAAGAGCACGUGCAGGCGGCCGGGAAGCUCGCGGAAGGCGCCGUCAUUGGCUCCAAGAUCUGCAAGGUCAUUGACGAAGCACCGGCGGCGGAACGCGCGGCCAAGGUCGAAGAAUUCUGCCUCUCGAUCACGUCGUAAUGAAGCCGUACUGCAUCUGUGUUGAAUCA